AUGCACCAACUCUGCACAGCAUGGUUCAAGAGGUCAACAGCAUCGUGUCUGCGCACAGCUACUGCCACAUAUGCUACAUCACACGGUGCCAAAAGUAAAAAUGCACCUCCUCAAAGUGUGAUCAAUUUUCGAAACAUGCAACGAAGGCGCGGCGGUGCGUUUUCCAAGAAUGUGCGCGUACAUCGGAAAUCACGACACAGUCCUGAGGAUCAGCUGCGUCAACAUAUGUUUGAAACGUCGCACAAAAUAAAAGAGCUAUCGAGUACGGAGGAUAAUCCGAUGCAGCUGUUCAAAGGUGCUGAAUCUAUUCUCCAUGAGGGUAUGCAAGGAUGGCGUGCAUUAGCUCGUUCGAUGCGCGCAAAGCGCAUAUUGGAUGGACAUCCGACGCCUCAGCUGAGUGCCCCAGCUUGGAACCAAGUCAUGUUGCUCGCUAUAAAUGCAGAGAGUCCCACUGCUGCAUGGCAUCUUUUUUGCGAUAUGAAGAAGGAGGGUGUUCGACCUACGCCUCGCACAUUCGCUGGUUUUUUUCAGGCUCUAACACGUAUGAUACGCGCGCACAAGCUUGAAACCAUAAGUUCAGAUGUAUGGAAAGAACGACUAGACAAAUUAUACCUUGGAUUGACGCAGCUUCAUGCAUUGAUGGGCGAGGGAAUGUUACCUGACACGGACGGUGCUGGAACAUCAGACGCACACUUUAUGGAUAAAGAUAUAUCAUCUUUGGCCACAGCAUACCGAAUGUAUAUAUCACUUCAAUAUGCUCUUGGAAGAUAUCAAAGUGCGAUGGAAGUGUUUGAUACCGUUUGCCCCGAUCCAUACCGAACCGAGACACUACUGGAGGAGCAUGACCAUCUUCUUCGUUCUCAUUUUGCCACGGUCGAAACAUACACCAGCAUGGUCCGUGAUCUUGGAAUUUGUCGUGCCAUGCCAAUGAAUCUUCGCCAGCAAAAGAUCCGGCAAAUAUGGCGACGUUGGCAAGAUGAAAUGGUAUUGACCAAACGGCGCAAGAAAGCGCAAGAAUGGCUCGAUGCUACGGCAAUCAAGACUCUGGUGUGGACGCUAUCGAUCGGAAAACCAGCAACACAUGUGCGUGAUGUGUGUGCACUGUUGGGCACGUACAUGGGUAUUCCGUUUCCGCCGACACAGGGUAUGACAGAUUUCAUGCCUGUGUCGAAGCCCGUCAGAUUCACUGAUCCAAGACUGCUGGUGGAUGUCAUGGUCUUUUUUGACGAGCGCAAAAUGUACCAACAUGUGAUUUGUUGUUUUAACUUUGCCGAGCAAAACAAGCAUGGUUCGGUGGAUCCCCAGAGAAUCCCGGAGGCAUUGACUCUGGUACAAAAGGCCCAUCAAUGUUUGAUGACCUAA